GGCAGGAACGUCACCAGAUGAGAGAUGACAUCUGUGGAUACUAGCUUAACUGUUCAAGUGAAAUACACGCAUGACUGUCAUUUUGUGAGACAAAAUGUCUAUAACAACUUGCCAGAAGGUUACUCUUAUAUCAUGCUCGGUUCUCUGUAUUUCUCUUUUCCUGCCCAGAAUGCUUUUACCCAAAGGGAAAAAGGAGAUGGGACGGCCUGAGGUUGGACCGGGAUUCUACCCUCCCGUGAUGCCCCAGCUGUCAAUGCCAGAGGACCCAGAACGGUGGGGUGUGGACCCUUCGUACUCCAUGACCCACAGUGCUGAGGCCAUGGCCAAAGUAAAAGGCAUCGGACGGGGAAAAAAGUACAACCUAAUGGCUCAAGCAAUACCCAUAUAUGGCUUUGGAAUACUUCUUUACAUCUUCUAUAUAAUUUAUAAGCUGACAUGUAAGGGGGAGACUACUAAAUCAGGAAACUACACAACAGUAACCAAGGCAAACAUGGAAAAUAGGAUUACACCCGAUGAGCUUGUCAGGCUUCAGAAGAGACUUCUGCGAACAGAAGCAAUGAUGGAGAAGAUUGUCUCUGCAAAGAAGCGUGGUUCUGGGAGCAGUGGCAGAAGGAGGAAGAGUAAAACUUCUAUAUCAAAGAAGGAGGAGAAAUUACUCAAGCAACUUAGACAGAUCACACAGCUGAUUCAAGAGGGCCGGUUGGAGGCAGUCUCCCCAGAGAUGGAGGCUGAGGAGGUCCCCUAUUGUGCAGACUGGGAAGGCUACCCAGAGGAGACCUACCCAGAGUAUGAUGAGCCCUAUAAAAAACGUGUAUUUCACACCUUCACACUAGCUGAACCCCCUUACCAGCUCACCGCCGAAGCCCUGGCAGAGAGAAUGGAGCAAGAGGAGGAAGAGAUUAUGGCAAGGAAACUAUCCAUAGUGAAAGAAGAGGAUGAAGAGGCACAGGAAGAGGAGGAGUCGGAAGAAGAGGAAGAAGAGGAUGAGGAAGAUGAGGAUAAAGAGGAAGAAGUGGAGGAAGUAGAGGAAGAGAUAGAAGAAGAGGAGGAGGAGGAGGUGGACGAGGAGGAGGAAGAAGAGGAUGAGGAGGAAGCAGAGAAAAUGCAGUUGCUCAGUCUUCCUUCAUUCCAGCCUGCUGCAGAAAGAAAGCAAGAGAGACUUGGCCUGCAGCUGAGCAAAGAGCUGCAGUGUCUUAAUGGAGGGAAGAAGCAAAUUAGCUUUAGUGACCACAAAGAUGUGUUCCGCUACCCUAAAGAGGGUACUUAUGAAGAGGAGGAAGAAGAGAAGCAAGAGGAGGUCGGGGAAGAAGAUGAGGGCACAGAGGGGGAAGAGGAGGAAGAAGAGGAUGAAGAAGAUCCAGUGAUGGAAGCGGAGAGCCUGCAGUUCAGCUGUGAGGGUUGUCCCAACCCGGAGGAGGAAGCAGAGGAGGACAAAGAAGAGUAUUUGUUAGUGUCAGAGCCUCUGGAGGAAGACAGUCCCAUCCAUGCAGACAGGCCUAAGGAAGUCGGGGCGAGUGGUCUGAGGAUGCGGAACAGGAGAGAGACGUAAAGAAGACUUUUCCAAUUACCUAAAAUGAGUUUUUAAACACACAGUGAACUUGUGUUCUUUAAAUUGUACUCUGUUUAUUACUGAUCCCUGUGAUGUGAAAAAUGUACAACCCAAGAGGAAUAGAGACCUGCAAUGCUGCUGUAAAGUUAUACUUAUAUGCAAAUAACAGUCUCCUUUCACACCAUCAAUGUGGCAAACGCUUCUGAUGGUUAUUAUUUUUAUUUACCUUCCCAGCACACCCGUGGUCCACCCACACAGAUGUUUUUCACUUAUUUGCCUUAUUAGACUCUUCAAUGCAAACACGUGCUUGAUUGACAGCUCCCUCUCUCCUUUCACUUUAUCAUUCUUAUUGGUUAAUUCCUGGCAUAGCCCAUGUGCAAUCAGUAAGGUUAAUUUAAAACACCUGUGUGGGUGUGCAGAACCUUUAACAGAGUUGAAGAUUAUUAUAAAGUUAGUGACUGCUCAUUUGCUUUUCAGCGUUAAUCAAAAAAGGCUUUACAGUUCAAAAUGAAAGAAUGUUGUGGACCCGCAGAAUGUUUGCAUUAUUUAUCAUCACCCUAGAUUACUUUUACAUGACAAUGUUGUUAUUAUUUUUUCAUCAGAAAAUGUGUCACGUUUCACAGAAGCCAUGGGUGCUCACAUUGGCAACAGAGAACUGAGGCUUUGGUACAAAGUAAUUAUGUAUAUAAGUAGUUAAUUAGUGUUAAUAAGUCAAUAACUACGCAACAUUGUCAUGCAAUAUCUGGCUCCACCUGGUGGUAUUAAAUGGUUCUACACUUAGGGAUACUCCCUGUUGAGCUAAUGUGCCACAACAGCUGAGAAUGCACCACGAUAAAUAACAUCCUGGGAGUAUUAUAGCAAGAGUCAUCAUAGAUAUAAAAACCCUUUAAGGUGCACACAAUCAGAGUAGAAGCAAAGCAGGUGGAGGUGAAGAAGGUCUUGCAAAUUGCCAGCAGUGAUAAUAUCAGUACAAUAAAUGGGUCAAUAUAAAGAUCAAAUGUGAGCUUGAAGAUUUAUAAAUACAAAAGAGUGCUGUAAGAUAGGAUGGGAGGGGUGAGAUAGCUCUUAGCUGCCACAGCAGCACAACUUUGACUUCAAUUGUCCCGCUAAGAUAAAGUCAUGCUUUUCGCAUUGUUGCCUCUAGUGAUUGAUGAGAUUAAGUUACACUUCAUUACACGCCAUCCUUUGAAAUCCAUCCUUUGCACUGGAUCCAACUAUUUAGCCGCAGCAAACUGCCACAGCACAUGGGUCAGGGACUAACUAGUCUAUGUCUACAACAUUCCACUUCCGGGAUUGUUCAGGUGCUGUUGGAUUUCCCUCUUUUUUAGGCUGGAUGUCCCGGAAUACUGUGUGGACUAGCCAGACCCUUCUGCACAGUGCUGUGGAGGAAGGUCGGGCAGUGUGAGGGUAGGGAUUAACUCGUCGUCAGGCAGCAACAUCAAACAUGUCCCUUUGACCAGUAGAUCUUUGCUUUGUGGACAUUUAUUAGUUACUUCAAAGUAUUGUCUUUUAUAAUAAUAUUAUUAUUUUUUUCACAAUUAUUUUUGGGGGGCUUUUCCUUUUAUUAGAUAGUGACAGUGGAUAGAAAGGAAAGGGGAGAGAUGGGGGAAGACACGCAGCAAAGGGCCGCUGCAGGAACCAGCCUACAUGGGGCAAACGCUCCCACUGGGUGAGCUGGAGAUCGCCCCAUAAUAAUAUUAUUUAUAUAAAAACCGUGCAACCUUUUGUCACAUUGUUGCAAAAAUACCAGACUCACACAAUAAAGACAGCAUUAUAUCUAAACUUUGAAUAAAGUGUCUCUGUGUAUGUUUUAUGUUCUGCUUUUUUCAUCCAGCAAUUAGGUUUCUAACUGUGUAAACAAUCCACCGGAUUUUACAAAACAAGCCGAUACUUGCCACUAUAGAUUUCAACAUUACAGUGAUUGCAGUACAUUGUCUGGCCAAAUUAGGAACCACACGUACAACUCAACAAGAUGACUGAUACCAAUUUUCAGGGACUGGACAUUAAGAAAAGAUGGUGUGUUCACUGUUACAUUGAUUUAAAAGAGGAGCAAAUGGUAAAAGACCGCAUCAAAUUCAUAAAUGUGCGAUUCAAAAGAGGAGGGUUAGGAAUGCAUUUUUUGACUCACUGAAGUUUUAUUUUUUACAAUGAUUACCUGUGUCUACCACCACAGUAAAUUGUACACCAUUUACUGUACAUUACAACGAGAGCACU